AUGGGGUCGAUCGACUUGGUGACUCUGGUCGAUGCGCUGAACAGGCCGUCGAUGAUAUUGUCGUCGACAAAACAAAUCCUGGCAAUCAACCACGGGUUGUAUAGACUUCUUGGACGGCCAUCAUCUGAUGCUCUCGUCGGUACGGAUGUCCAUCAUCUAGGAGUCGACUUUGCCCUCCAACUUGGGUCAAAGCAGACAGGAUGGGAUUUAUUACUCAACAUCGAAACGAAUCCAAUCGAGCACAAUGCGACAAGCCACAAUAACACAAACAACCAUGUCGAAUCUCCCUGGCCGGCCUCCACCAGCGAGUUCUGGGACCAGGAGGACAAAAGAUUACAGCCGACCGUGGACGUGAUCAUAACCCGGCCUCAGUCAGCAGGAAAGCGACCGGGAGAUAAGCAAAAGGUUAGCAACCAUAUUCGAGCUCAGAUGUGCAGUCGAAGGAUACAACUCGACGAUCAAGUUAUUUACCUAGUCGACCUACAACGACCAACAUCACCACCGAUCCUUCCACCACCGCGAUCUGAUGAAUCAAUCGGUCACGAUGACAGUAUGGGACCACCCAAUGGUGACGAACGAAUAGCGUUACCGGAGGACAGUUCUGACCAAGAAACUCAAGUUCAUCGAAUCGUUAGCACAGCCAUCCCUUACUUCACGGCCCUUUUCGAUGCACAAGGAGAGGCAGUCCAUUUGUCUUCAUCAUGGCACAGAGUAACUGGCCGAGGCGCGAAAGAGAGUCUGGGCAAUGGAUGGUUCGAAGCGUUUCAUCCCGACGACCAAGCAAAACUCCAAAAUGAUUGGAAUCAACACGUCAGAGACAACGAUCCAUCAUGGUCGUUAGAAGCACGAUACCGAAAAAAGAACGGAAAGUACCGAUGGUGUUUGGUUCGAGUCGAAUCAGCCAAAAAGGAGCACGGUAAAGAUGACACUAAGUAUUGGUACGGAUCAAUGAUGGAUGUGGAUUCUUUGUUGAGAGCGAGACAAGAAUCCGACAAUCACAGAAACUCGAUUCUGGCACUGGUGUCCAAUACUCAUCUGUGUCUGUGGGCGGUAAAUCAGGACCUUACCCUCGCAUUGCAGGAAGGGUCUUUGCAAUGGAAUCCCGUGACGGCGAAGGAACAGCGUGAUCGUGAACAGAACGAUGUCGAUCAAUCGGAUGUUCUGGUCAGGGCAGUGACGAAUUCUUUGGACGCGGUAUUCGAGAAGAUGCGUGAUGUUCUUGAUGGCAAGUUGAAGACACAUACUCUGGAUCACCGUGAAGAUGGGAGAUGGUAUCGAUCUACCCUGAUCGGCGAUAGAUGUAGCCAAGGGGACAACACCGGCACCAAUCAUGAUAAGACUGGACCGGCUCGGUCUGUUUUGGGUCUCACUAUCGACGUGACGGAUGUGAGGGUCAGAGCUGAAUUGGAGAUGGAGAAUGAGUCCCUGACAUUGAAAGAACGAGCUGCCACAGAAGCAAGUCAGUUGAAAAGCAGGUUUGUCGCUAAUAUCUCGCACGAACUCCGAACACCUAUUGCUGGUAUUGUCGGAAUGAACGACCUCCUAUUAGAAUCCCUGGACACACCCGAACAGAUCCAAUUCUCACAAAACAUUCGCUCAUCGGCGGCUCAGCUUUUGGUGGUGAUCAACGACGUUCUCGACAUCAGUAAGAUCGAGUCUGGUCGUUUGGACAUUGAAACCGUGCCGUUUGCCGUCUGUCUGUGUCUAGAGCGACUUUAUACCAUGAUGCUGGUUCAAGCUACGAGUAAGGAUUUGAUCUUUGAGUACGACAAUGUCGACGUUCCAGAGGGUUUGGUAGUAGUUGGCGACCCUCAUAGGCUUCAGCAAAUUUUGCUGAAUCUGGUCAGCAAUAGUAUCAAAUUCACACAGGCUGGGAGGAUUACUUUGAGAGUAUCGGUGGUCAGGUCGGGAGGGGAACAGGAACAGAACGAGGAAAGGAAAUCGAAUGAUGAACGAACAACAUUAGGAUCAGAAUCCCAGGUCGAGCCUUUGGCAACGUCCGCGGCCACUUCACCUACUGACACCGACUCACUCGUCCUCCGAUUCGAGGUGGAAGAUACUGGGUGUGGAAUGGACGAAGCCACCAUGCAAAGAAUGUUUGAGGCAUUUUCACAGGCCGAUUCAUCAACAGCCAGAAAAUAUGGCGGCACGGGGCUAGGAUUGACCAUCACACGACAACUUGUCGAGAUGAUGGGAGGCACCAUUAAAUUCUCCUCCGAGACCUCGGUGGGAACAUGCGGAACGGUAGAAAUACCCUUUCAGAAGGUCACCAAGGAUCUCUCCGGCAAAGACAGCGGUGUCGUGUCAGAAUCCAUCCAUAUCCACCACAACCACCAUCAUCAUCACCACUACUCGAGAGAACUGACGCCAACGGCACAGGUGAAAAGGGCUGAAGAAAGGGGAUCAAAGGUACACAGUCGAGCAGGAUCGUUGAGCGAUCCAACUCCAGCACUAGGGCUAGGACUGUCCACAUCAUCGAUACAUGCUCCCCUGGCAGCCAUGACCAUGACAACCACCACCACCACCACCACCACCACCGCAUCCACAACAGCCCGAAGAACGAAAGACGAACGCAAAGACUUCGUCGUUCUAAUCGUCGAAGACAAUAUAAUCAAUCUCCAAAUCGCCGUCCUCAUGACCAAGAACCUCGGUCCCAAAAUCCUCAUGGCUAGUAACGGCGCCGAAGCACUCGCUGUACUCGACAGAGCCAGUCAAUCGGGAGAAAAAUGUCCAGAUCUGAUUCUCAUGGACUGCAUGAUGCCCAUCAUGGAUGGAUAUGAAGCCACUGGAGCCAUAAGACAGGAUAAAUCAAGGUUCUCGCCUGAAUUGAGAAUCAUCCCGAUUGUGGCCUUGACUGCUAGUGCUCAUCCAGGUGAUAUGGCUAGAUGUUUGGAAGCGGGGAUGGAUGAAUAUUUGGUUAAACCGGUGGCGAAGACGGAGUUGGAAGAGGUUUUGGACAGGUGGAUUCCGUGA